AUGGACGACAGUUCCGAAGACGUCAAUGAGUUUCUUCUUCGUAUUCGCGAAUUGGGCGAUAAGCAAGUAAAGGAGGACGAAGACAGGGCCCGGAAGUUGGAAGAGGAGAUAUUGCAGGGUCGGAAAGAGAGGCAGGCACGGCGAGCUGAACGAGCUCGCUCAAUUUCUCCCACCAAAGACUUUCCUUCUCCCUCGUCAACCUCGAGUCUACCAAAAGACCACAAGUCCAUUUCACAAAUCCCGCCACAAGUCCUUCGACCGUCGAGUCUUACAUUGGAGCGAGAUAACGGACUAUCAAUUACUGGCAAGGCACAUUACGACGAACCCCGCGAGUCUGAUAAUAAUAAUCCCCCUUCCACUCCCCCCGCAUUAGGUGCAAGACACGUUACGCAAUCUGCCAGCGACGAGACAGAAGACACCCCUGAUCGAUCUCCUGUCUCGGAGAGGAUUGCGUCUCUUUCAAUAGAACCAACAGAUACGGUGGAACAAGGCAAUGACACAAUGCCCUUAGCAGAGGACACCCCGCCUUCGCGCUCUCAAAUCUCCCAAGCCCUCUCUUCAAAAGAUCCAGCGUGGUUUCGCCAAACAGCGGAUCCUGAGAGAGGUACUCUGGCGUUUCGACGAAAUGCAGACAACCAUGUGACUGAAACAUCUUCAACUGAGGCAAGUUUUAAAUUGCCUGGUCUGAGUCGAGACUCGUCAUCAGAAACUGAAAAGUUUCGCGAUUGGAUUUCUGACGAUCGGUCACGCUCUCCUUCCAGAGCAAGCUCGACAUUUGCUGCUAAUAGUAGCAUUGGCAAUCGUUACUCGAGCAUAUCAUCCGUGUCCACGACUGGUCUUGGGUCUCCCAUUCCUUUGUCUACUCCACGGCUUGAUGCUCGUAAACCCGAGUCUCAACCACUUACCGAAGACCGUACCCCUCUAUCUCCAGGUUGUGCGUCUCCAGAACGGUCCAGUUCUCCUACAAAGGGCCUGGGAGGUUUCGUGCAAAGUGCCAUGUUAAAACGCAGUGAUAGUAUCUCGAAGCGAUGGACCGUGCAAUCCCCCGCCAACCUUAGUCGAAGCAAUUCGAUUAUCAGCAACCGCAGCGGUGUUGGCCGUUCUGCUUUCGGUGGCGAUUUGCUUGCUGGUCCUCCUGAGCCAAGACCAAUUCGCGAGAGCUCCCCUUUAUCACUCUCAAGACCAAGCUCAAGCCACAGUGAAGCUACUAUUGUUCAUCACUCCAGAAACCAGGAGAACAAAGACAGCAGUCAGGAGAAGCCUCAGCUGGAUACAGGCUUUGUUAGACCCACGUUGCCCAUCCACGCUCGUUCUAGUUUCUCAAGCACGACUGGAGCAGAUGAACCAAAAAUCGGCGAUGAGCCCCAGACACCGAGGAGCCCUUCGAAGUCUUUUGAUCAGAAGCGUUGGAGUCCCACUAAAUCGAGUUGGCUAGAAAGUGCGUUGAACCGCCCUGAAUCGCCCAGAACGAAAGCAACGCCCGCUACACAGCAACCUGCAUGGAUGAAAGAUCUGUCCAAAGCACGACAGGCUAGAGCCAGUGUCGAUCUCGGAAGACCGGCCGCCACUCAGGAAACGACUCCUACUGGCUUGAUGAGCUCACCGGUAUUCGGUGGCCAUUCCAAAAGCCCCAGUGUCUCUAGUAUCAGCACACCUGCCACCAAAGAUACUAGAAGCCUCUCACCAGAGAAGCCACAAUCCCCUACGAAAGAACAGAGCACUGAACCAGCUCUACCAGAUAUCAAGGCCAGCGUUGAGCCAUUGCCAAAAGAGUCAGAUGCAUCUUCGCCUGAUGUCGAAGAUAAACCUAGUCCAUCUUUGUCAAAGGCCUCCCCUCCGGUGCCAAACAAACUCAAGACAACAUCCACCACCGAUAUUGGCUUAGCGAACCCCAAGCCACAGCCGGCCACUGUAGACUUCAGGGCGAACCUGCGACGGCGCGAGACCACCAACGACAAGACUACACAAGACGAACCGGAAUUUAAAAAUGUCUUUGGAAAACUUAGAAAGACAGAGAAAUCCACUUACAAAGCGCCUGAUGUAUUCAAGGAUAACAUCACGAAGGGGAAAGCAGCACUGAAUAUUACUGGAGGUCCGAAGAAAACCGAACGAGUGGAUGAGUUCAAGGAGAGCAUCUUGAAGCAGAAAGAUGCAAUGAAAGCAGGCGGAGGUUCUAUCCGACGGACCGGCGAAGAAGAUCGAAUCAUACCAAAGCCACGAGCCGCGGUACCAGAAGCACUCGCGAAACGCAAUAAUCUUGUUCGAACGGACAGUACCAAAAGCAACCUUUCAGGCUUCUCUUCCCCGACUCCGACUAAGUCUAUUCGAAUGGAGAGUCCGCAGCGGCCUCUUAGCGGAUCGAACAGCAAGCCCGAAUUGAAUUUAUCUCCUGUCGAGCGAACACCACAACUGCAAUCGAUGACCCCUACAAUUCAGCCCAGCGAUAGCCCGACUCGAGACGCAAAGACUAACGUUGAAAAGGAAGAGCAAGUGCCUAAAACUACCUUUUUACCGGCUAAGUCAUUUCAGGAGGAUAAGAGCAAUGUGAUUGUCUCAACGGUUCGUCCCUUGUCAUCAAGAGUCGCGGUUGAUACUCCUACGAAAAUGAGCACUGAUCCUAAGGGACUCGCUGCUAAGGGAACUAUAGCAGGCAGAUUAAACCCUGCGUUAGCGGGAAUUUUGGCUCGUGGCCCGCCGCGCGCUGGAGGUGAAUCGGAAAAGCCUACUACUACCACCUCUACCUCAAUACCAGCGCAGGAAUCGCAGUCAGCCUCGGCAGCCCCACUGACACAUAUGACCAAAGCCCGAGCAAGAGGCCCCAAGAGGAGACUUCCAGCCACGAAGUCCGAACCGAAAGCGUCCAUGAAGGAGGAUAAUCAGUUGACUGAACAGGCUACAUCUGAAACUGAGGUGGCGGAGCGAAAGGCUUCAAUUGAAAAUGUACGUUCGCCGUCUGUGUCUGCAAAGAAAAUAGACAUUCGUUCUGAACCAGUCAUUGAACGCCAAACACCGCUGAUACCUUCAAAAUCGCCAGAUGUACCAAGAUCGUCUCUGAUCUCUACCCCCAAGAUGAACGGUGUUGUCGAAGAACUGAGUGUGGACAAGGAGAACCUUGAAGUGAACCUUAUGAGUGCUAAAUCGCCAAAGCCUGUUGAGAAGGCCCCAAAACCAUCCGUCCCUUCCAAAUCGCCAGACGUAUCAAGAUCGUCUCCGAUCUCCACUCGUAAGAUGAGCGCUGUCGCGGAAGAACAAAGCACGGACAAAGAGGAUCCGAAAGUCAAUCUCAAUAGUUCUACAUCACCUGAGAAGCCAAUUGAGCAGACCUCUAAACUACCAGUCCCUUCCAAAUCAGCAGAUGUGCGAAGAACAUCCAUGACCUCCCCUAUUCUCAGAAAGACUUCUUCAAACCUCGGUAAAGAGAAGUCUGACGAGAUAUCCUCCAAAAGCGGCGCCUCUCCUCCGGUGCCUCCCAAAACAGGCAUAAUCCGUGAAGUUUCCACGCCCAGUGGCAGGAAGCCUUCACUCAACGAACGGCCAACACCACCUCCGAAGCCAUUGAGUCCUUCUCCAGGAAACGCAUCACCAUCUCCGUCAUUCGCUUCUAGGCUGAAGGAAACCUUUGCCAACUCAGCCAACGUAUCUCCAAUCCAGGCAAAGUUUGGACUGGGUCUAGGAGGCUCAUUUUUCCAAUCCCGGCCAGGGUCGCCACUUGAAACCAACAGGAAACCAUCACAGCAAAAUAGACCACCUUCAAGUCCGCCUGUCCCUCCAAAGAAGAACUUGAGUAUUUCUUCUCAGAUUCCUACUGAUGUGCGACGGCCGUCUCUCACGUCGCCUAUUCCUAGAACCUCAGAGUCUGUCGGGGUGAUUAACGAGUUCUUUGACACUCCUCCCAAGUCCAGCGAUAGAGUGAAUAUCGACCCACAGCUGAUCCUCACUGCGGAAGCAGACGAGUUCAAGACAAGGACCCUUCGCAAACAGAUUUGGGAGAUUACAGGAGAUGGCAAAAAGCAAGAUCUUCCUAAGAAUCAAGAUUACAUUCUCUUUGAAGGUAGCAUGUAUGUUUGCGUGCACAAUUUCGAAUGUGAAACGGGAAAUGAGACCGAAUGUUACUUGUGGCUGGGUGACGAAGUGUCUGAAGCGUCCAUGCAGGAUGCUCAGCUAUUCGCACGGAGAGUUGCCAGAGAGAAUGGAGCCAAGCUUGAAAUAGUUAGACAAGGGAAGGAACCCGCAAAACUCGUCGAGGCUCUUGGUGGCAUCAUCAUUACUCGACGUGGUUCUAGUUCUCGGUCGAACUCGUCGGCGCUUUACAUGCUCUGUGGUAGACGGCACUUGGGACAGAUCGCAUUCGAUGAAGUCGACUUUUCCCGUCAGAACCUUUGCUCGGGCUUCACGUUCGUUAUCUCAGCGAGAUUUGGCAAGCUUUACCUAUGGAAAGGGAAAGGAAGCGGAGCGGAUGAGCUCGGUAGCGCGCGACUGGUCGGCAUGGAUCUUGGACUGACUGGCGAAAUGGAGGAAAUUUCUGAAGGCGAAGAGCCAGAGAGCUUUUUUGAUGUGUUUCCUAAAUCCGAAGUGGUCGAACUACCUGGAACCUCGGAUUAUUGGCAUCUGAAACCCAAACAUGAAAAACAUCGUUACCGACUCCUUCGAAUUGAUCAUGUCCUAGGUCAGAAAGCAGGAUUCUGGAACCGACACGGAUCCUCAUCACCAGUCACUCGGCCCAACGACACCAUACGGGAAAUCGAGCCUUUUGCCCAGAAGGACUUGCUUCCUCACGGAAUCUACAUCCUUGACGCUUUCUUCGAGAUCUAUGUUAUUGUAGGAAGUGAUGCCAAAUCCCGGGCCGCUGAAUUUGCGUCAGCUCUAGUCUUUGCACAUGAAUACGGAAUCCUGGCAGCUUCUCUCCAGGACCGCCCAUUCAUUCCAGUUGGCUAUGUUUCGAUCGGUGGUGUUCCCGACUCUUGCACAGUGGCAUUUCGAAAGUGGGAGCCCAAGAUAUGGCCAACAACCUCUUAUGUCUUGCCGUUGAACGCUGCCAUUGAAGCCAUCCGUUCCUAA